CGGCGGCGGCGGCGCUGCACGCGGCAAGAACCCUGUUGGGCGCGGGGGUGGCCAACCCUUGCUCGCCCACCCCCGAGCCGCCCUUUUGGAAGAUGCCGCACAAAGAGGAGGACUUGAUGCACGGGGGUGGCGCGGGUAUUGGCGGGGGUUCUAUGGUCGGACAGAACUCAAUAUUUGGGUGCUCGGCUGCAGGACACAGCGGGGUUAACCAGCUCGGCGGCGUUUACGUCAACGGCCGACCACUGCCGGAUUCCACGAGGCAGAAGAUCGUCGAGCUGGCCCACAGCGGUGCUAGACCGUGCGACAUAUCGCGCAUACUGCAAGUCAGCAAUGGAUGCGUCUCCAAAAUCCUCGGCAGGUAUUACGAGACUGGUUCAAUCAAGCCGCGGGCAAUCGGCGGUAGCAAGCCGCGAGUGGCGACAACGCCUGUGGUCAACAAAAUUGCCGACUACAAAAGAGAAUGUCCCUCGAUCUUUGCCUGGGAGAUUCGCGAUCGACUUUUGCAGGAGGGCGUUUGCAAUAACGAUAAUAUACCCAGCGUGUCGUCCAUUAACAGGGUACUCAGGAACUUGGCUUCGCAGAAGGAGCAACAGGCGGCCGCGGUGCAAGCGCAUCAGGGUGCCGAGAGUGUCUACGACAAGCUGAGAAUGUUUAACGGGCAGGCAGCAGGUUGGCCACCAGCAUGGUAUUCGGCAACACCUCCCCAUCAUCCUCUGGCCACGGGAAUUCCAACUGCGGCGACUCCUGGAUCCGGUCAGACUCUUCUGCCCGGCAGUCAGCUUCACGGCCGUGACGAUUCUUUGCUGAAGCGAAGCGACACCGGGUCUCUAUUGUCGCAUCAGCAGGAGACAACUUCGGACGGUAAUUCGGAGCACAACUCCUCUGGCGACGAGGACUCGCAAGUGCGGCUGAGGCUGAAGAGGAAAUUGCAGCGCAACCGAACUUCCUUCUCUAACGAGCAGAUAGACAGCCUCGAGAAAGAAUUCGAGCGGACACAUUACCCGGACGUGUUUGCACGGGAGCGUCUCGCCGAGAAGAUCGGAUUACCUGAGGCACGUAUCCAGGUGUGGUUCAGUAAUCGCAGAGCGAAGUGGCGUCGAGAGGAGAAAUUACGGAACCAGAGGAGGGCCGCCGUCGAUCAGGUGGUCGCCGGUGGCAGCGGCGGGGGUAGCAGCGGCACCGCGCCUCCCGCGGCCACCCCUGCUACGCCACGGUUACCCUUAAACGCUGGAUUCAACGCCAUGUACUCAUCGAUACCGCAACCGAUUGCCACUAUGCCCGACACAUACAGCUCGAUGUCAAGCAGCCUGGGCGGGUCAAUGGGUGGAAGCUGUCUUCAGCAACGCGCUGAGGGCUACCCGGCGUACGUGUUUCACGAGCCUCUCCAUUCGCUCACGCAGUCUUACUCUCACGCGCACAGCGCGGCCGCGGCCGCGCACUCGCAACCGCAUCGCGGCAUCCCGACGUCUCACGGUGGCACCCCCGCGACGCCAGGGGGACAACCCGCUGGACCAGGUGGAGCACCUUACCAGCCGACAACCUCGACCGCAACCGGAGUGAUAUCAGCCGGCGUCUCGGUGCCGGUGCAGAUUCCCUCGCAGACCCCGGACCUGGCAGGCAACUAUUGGCCGAGGCUCCAGUGAUCCCAGCUCUUCGGGUUCCCGCCCGCGAGUUUGCUCGUAGGCCAGGAGAGCCCGCCGCCGCCGAGCGCCACCCCGGGCGCGGUGCCACGACCGCUCCUCGCUUCCCUCGGGAUACCAACGCAGUCGACGCAGCAUCAGGCCCCCAGCACACCGGCGACCACCCCCGUGCACAAUUCCGACACCAGUGAGUGAAACGACUGAAUUUCCGUGAUCCGUGCACCGUCGCGCAAGUGUGAUCCCAUGUCCCCGAGAUGUAGAGUGCGGCGUUUCCUCGCGCACUUGAUUGCCGACGGUGACGAUCGCUGUCGAUGACGACCCGCCACGGGUAGACGCGAAGACAGACGCUACGAGUCGAAAACUCGCACCCUUCCGAUAGUUCGCACGACAGCGUAACGCCGAUCGCAUCGAAGACGCGCGGUUAGUGUCGGUUGUGCGUGGAAUGAACACAGUUCCGAAAUGUUUCUUCGUUUUCUAAUAAUAAGUUGAAGAAUUUCGUUCGUUUAAUUUCGCGGUCAUUUAUUUAUUAAUUAUUAUGGAACGUUGUCCCAUCCACAAAUAUAUAGCUGGUAAAGGCUUUUUAUCAGAAACAUCGACAGCAUGCUUGAUAAAUGACGUUGCAAUUAUAUCUUGUAGUGUUUCGAUUGAUCGAACAAUAUUUAAUUGUUCGUAGAGUUAAUAUCAUUAAUCGUGUAAUUUCCUCGCAUGUCGGAUUAAUAACUCGCGUCCUCGAAUGUUUACGACCGUCAAUUUUCUGAAUGGCAAUACCUAUCUACGAAACUAUUCGAUUAGAAUUAGGAGAUAGGAUAGAUUCCCCCUCCCCCUCCCCUCCUCGCCCUUCUUGAACAAUUUGUAAAUUUGCCAACGCCCGCAUUGGCGGAUCAGUAAUGGAGCAGCAGCUCGUCGCAAUUAAAUCCUCUUUGAAAUUGAAUGAAAAGAUUUUUUUAUCAACGCGAUCUGAUUACACAGGGCGGAAUUUUUGAGACAGCACAAUAAGUUUUAUAAUUCGAGCUCGAACCAAUGGAUUUUACCCAUCCAUUCCACUUCGUGUCUGAUCUAGAUUUCGUAGAUGUAUACGCAUGACCCCGGGUCACGCAGGGUAAUUACCUAUUCACCGAUAGUAUGUGUAAAUGAUUUUACGUUACGCUACCUUCGUCGUCACGUCGAGGAUUUUCGCGUGAAGAGCCACUAGUUAUCCGUCGUAGUUAUAUCCGUAACAAAAAUAUAAUUUCCUUAAGACGUUCAUUACACAAUUUCUAACGUGAUCUCUCGUGCAUUUGCAUCGAUAAUUUUAUUGCUACGAAAGAAUCUUUUUAAUAAGCGUUCAUAAUGUCCCGGAAAAGUUAUUUUUCACUUCGCCCGACAUGCGCGAAUUCUCCCUUUUAGUUUCCCCGAAGUCGAUCGAUGUCAAGAGCAUUCAUUAAAUUUACAGCGGCUCUCGUUUUUCGGUAUCGGGGAGCUUUAUUACCGGAUUUAUUGGAUAGCGCCGGGCGCAUAUUGUUUGCCGCACGUUGUAUCGGUUUCCGGCAAAUAUUUUCCUUCGUGUAAGGGCGGCCGCGAACCGCGUGGAAAUUGAAAGGGAGCCGCAGACACGUAGGCGGCUCCCGCCGAAAUAUAUUCUCGCGCGAGUUUAGGGUGGGAGUCUC